AUGAUUGCGCAACAGCUCUUAAACAGCUUGUUUCUUCCUCAAAGCUGCAUCUCUCUGAAUGGCCCUGACAAGCGGCGGAAAGCAGAGAAUCCGUUAGCCCAAAAGAGGGGGCUAGCCUGGUGGUAUCGACGACGAGAAAAGGAGUUGAAGGCUAAUUCUCUCGACUUUAUGUGGUGUGGGAGACUUCUCGAGUCUGCGAUGCGACAGCUGAAGCGAGACGAUGAGGUUGAAAGGAAGAAGAUGAGCGGAGGCCGACUUGAGGUCGCGAGAUCCCUUUGA